AUGUCAUAUUCUGCAUGUGCGUGGUAUUUUUGUAUUGUUAUUAAAUUUUAUUAAAUCAAAGAAAAAGUUAAACAUUUCAAAUAAAAUAUGAAAGUUAAAGUAAUUUCACGGAAUCCCGAUGACUAUAUGCGUGAAACAAAAACUGAUUUACACAGAAUUCCUCGAAAUUAUGAUCCCUCCCAGCAUCCGCUUGAAUCGGUCCGAGAAUACGUCCGUGCUCUUAAUGCCACCAAACUAGAUCGAGUCUUUGCUAAACCGUUUGUAGGUAACUUAAGUGGCCACCGUGAUGGAGUUGCCUGCUUCGGAAAACACCCAAAACGACUGUCAACACUUGUGAGUGGCGCCUACGAUGGAGAAGUGCGAAUCUGGGACUUGGCCAACAGAGCUAGCAUAAAGAGUUUCGUAGCCCACAGUGGAUUCGUGCGGGGAAUUGCUUUCUCAGUAAAUGGCGCUAAUUUGUUCACAGCCGGUGACGACAAGACUGUAAAAGUGUGGAAUUUGGGAAACGUGGAAGACGUAGAAUUCGAUGAGCCCUCAAACACCUUCAUGUCUCGCACAAUGAUCAAUGGCAUCUCUCACAGCAUCAAAGAAAGUGUAUUUGCGACGUGCGGUGAAGCGUGUACGAUCUGGGACGUGAAUAGGAAUGAUCCACUCAAGACUCUGAAAUGGGGCACUGACAAUCUACAUGCCAUAGCCUUCAACCCGGUAGAGACGUCUUUGCUUUCUGCGUGCGGCAGCGACAGGAGUAUAAUUUUGUAUGACAAGCGUGAGUCGCAGCCCAUCCGCAAACUCGUCCUCUCAAUGAAGAGCAAUAAACUCUCCUGGAAUCCCAUGCAGGCCUUCAACUUCACAGUUGCCAAUGAGGAUUGCAACUUGUACACAUUUGAUACCCGCCAACUGACAAAUCCCAUCAAAAUUCACUACGACCACGUUUCGGCAGUGACUGACGUCGACUACGCCCCAACAGGCAAGGAGUUCGUCAGUGGGAGCUACGACAAGACCAUCCGUAUGUACGAAGUUCACAAGAGCCAUUCUCGAGAAAUCUAUCAUACCAAGCGAAUGCAACGUAUCGCGUGUGUUGCCUGGAGUUUGGACAACAAAUACGUGUACUCCGGAUCGGACGAGAUGAAUAUUCGCAUUUGGAAGGCUCAGGCUUCGGAGAAACUCGGUGUUGUUAGACCACGAGAAAGAUCAAACUUUAAUUACCAGAAUUCCCUGAAGGAGAAGUUCGCCGCUCAUCCCCAAAUCAAACGCAUUGCUCGCCAUAGACAGGUGCCCAAACACGUGCUCAAUGCACAGAAGAAGAUGCAAGCCAUUAAGCAAAAGGCCAAAGAAAAGGAAGCCAACAUUCGGGCUCAUUCCAAGCCCCAUACUAAGCCUUUUGUUGGAGAGAAGAAAAAACUGGUUAUACGAGAAGAUUAGAGCUGGUGGUGUUGUGUAGAUUUGUAUUAAGGAUAAAUAAAUUUUCAAUUAAAAAAUUAA